GGCAAGCGGCCGUGGACCGCGUGGAGACGGGAGAUGUUCCCCCCGGGAAGAAGCUGCAGGAUGACGACGGCGGCGCUCAUUCCUCCGCAUUGCACAUAAACCCGCAGCUUUCUCGGCGGUUCCCCGGCUCUUCCUUCCACCCCCCCCCCCACCCUCCCUCCGUGCCUCCAUCUUCCACAACGCCCACACGCGUCGUGCCUGCCUGCCGAGCCGCGCUGCUGCCCAGAAGCCUCCCGAGCACCGCGGAGAGGAGGAGUCGGAGGUUGCGUCUGCUGCUGGACAAGAUGCGGCUCCUCAUGCUGGCGGUGCUGCUCUCCUGCUCGUGCGCGCGGGCCGGCUGCGAGCCCAAGAUCGUCAACAUCGGCGCCGUCCUGAGCCAGAAGAGGUACGAGCAGGUGUUCAAAGACGCCGUCACCCAGGCCAACCAGGUCUACGGCCGGGACAAGUUCAAGCUGACGGCCAUCUCCGUUACGCACAAACCCAACGCCAUCCAGAUGGCUCUGUCGGUGUGCGAGGACCUCAUCUCCAGUCAGGUCUACGCCAUCCUCGUGAGUCACCCGCCCCAGUCCAACGACCACCUGACUCCGACACCCGUUUCCUACACCGCGGGCUUCUACCGCAUCCCUGUGGUCGGGCUCACCACUCGCAUGUCCAUCUACUCGGACAAGAGCAUCCACCUGUCCUUCCUGCGGACCGUGCCCCCGUACUCCCACCAAGCACACGUGUGGUUCGAUCUGAUGCGCGAGUUCAACUGGAACCACAUCAUCCUCAUCGUGAGCGACGACCACGAGGGGAGGGCCGCUCAGAAGAGGCUGGAGACCCUCCUGGAGGAGAGGGAAACCAAGAAUAAAAAAAGGAACUAUGAAAACCUCGACCAACUGUCCUAUGACAACAAGCGAGGACCUAAGGCAGAGAAAGUCCUCCAGUUCAGCCAGGAUACUAACUUAACGGCUCUGCUGCUGGAGGCCAAAGAACUGGAGGCUCGGGUCAUCAUCCUUUCCGCCAGCGAGGAAGACGCCGCCGCCGUGUACAAGGCCGCCCGCUUCCUCAACAUGACGGGCUCCGGCUACGUGUGGCUGGUGGGCGAGCGGGAGAUGUCGGGUAAAGCGCUGAGCGAGGCGCCAGACGGUCUUAUCGGCCUGCAGCUCAUUAACGGGAAGAAUGAGUCGGCUCACAUCAAUGACGCGGUGGCGGUGGUGGCGCAGUCCAUCCAGGAGCUCUUUGAGAAGGAAAACAUCACAGAGCCGCCAAAGGGAUGUGUGGGCAACACCAACAUCUGGAAAACCGGGCCUCUCUUCAAACGGGUGCUGAUGUCAUCUAAAUACCCAGAGGGCCUCACGGGACGCGUGGAGUUCAAUGACGACGGCGACAGGAAGUACGCCCACUACAGCAUUCUCAACUACCAGAAGAGUCGACUCAUUCAAGUUGGCGUUUAUAACGGGACACAGGUGGUAAUGAACAAUCAGCGAAAGAUUAUCUGGCCUGGCGGGGAGACAGAAAAACCACAAGGCUUCCAAAUGUCAACUCGACUGAAGAUAGUGACAAUACACCAGGAGCCAUUUGUGUACGUGAAGCCCACUAUGCCGGAUGGGACGUGCAAGGAGGAAAUAACACUAAACGGAGUCUUAAUUAAAAAGGUUAUCUGCACUGGGCCCAAUGAGACCAUCCCAGGUAACACAUCAGGACGCCCAAUCGUGCCGCAGUGUUGUUACGGAUUCUGCAUUGAUCUCCUGAUCAAGCUGGCAAUGACUAUGAACUUUACCUACGAGGUUCACCUGGUGGCUGAUGGGAAAUUUGGGACCCAGGAGCGGGUGAACAACAGUAACAAGAAAGAGUGGAAUGGCAUGAUGGGAGAGCUCCUGGGGGGCCUGGCUGAUAUGAUUGUGGCCCCGCUGACUAUAAACAACGAACGAGCACAGUACAUUGAGUUCUCCAAACCCUUCAAAUAUCAAGGUCUCACUAUACUGGUUAAAAAGGAAAUCCCUCGCAGUACACUGGACUCCUUCAUGCAGCCCUUCCAAAGCACUCUGUGGCUGCUGGUGGGUCUUUCGGUGCAUGUGGUGGCGGUGAUGCUUUACCUACUAGACCGGUUCAGCCCGUUUGGAAGAUUUAAAGUAAACAGUGAAGAAGAAGAAGAAGAUGCCCUCACCUUGUCAUCUGCCAUGUGGUUCUCCUGGGGAGUAUUGCUGAACUCUGGAAUCGGAGAAGGUGCGCCUCGCAGCUUCUCAGCGAGAAUCCUGGGUAUGGUGUGGGCUGGAUUUGCCAUGAUCAUUGUGGCUUCCUAUACUGCCAACCUGGCUGCCUUCCUGGUGCUGGACCGGCCUGAGGAGCGCAUCACCGGCAUCAAUGACCCGAGGCUGAGAAACCCAUCGGACAAGUUCAUCUACGCCACGGUGAAGCAGAGCUCCGUGGACAUCUACUUCCGGCGGCAGGUGGAGCUUAGUACCAUGUACCGCCACAUGGAGAAGCACAACUAUGAGAGUGCCGCCGAGGCCAUCCAGGCAGUGCGUGACAACAAGCUGCAUGCUUUCAUCUGGGACUCUGCGGUGCUGGAGUUUGAAGCCUCGCAGAAGUGCGACCUGGUGACCACGGGAGAGCUGUUUUUCCGCUCGGGCUUUGGCAUAGGCAUGCGCAAGGACAGCCCCUGGAAACAGAAUGUGUCCCUGGCCAUUCUCAGUUCUCAUGAGAACGGCUUCAUGGAAGACCUAGAUAAAACCUGGGUGAGAUACCAGGAGUGUGACUCACGGAGCAAUGCCCCAGCCACACUCACCUUUGAAAACAUGGCAGGGGUCUUCAUGCUGGUGGCUGGAGGCAUAGCAGCCGGGAUCUUCCUCAUCUUCAUCGAAAUAGCCUAUAAGCGACAUAAAGACGCCCGCAGGAAGCAGAUGCAGCUCGCCUUUGCGGCCGUUAAUGUUUGGAGGAAGAACCUGCAGCCCUCUUCCUCUCUAGAGACUCAGGAUGAUAGGAAAAGUGGUAGAGCAGAGCCCGACCCCCAAAAGAAAGCCUCUUUUAGGUCCAUCAGUACCACCCUGGCUUCCAGCAUCAAGAGGCGUAGGUCCUCCAAAGACACGCAAUUCCCCCCCACGGACAUCACGGGACAACUCAACCUGUCCGACCCGUCCGUCAGCACCGUGGUGUAGGGAGCGCCACCUGACCCCCCCUCUCCCCUCCCCUCACCUGCAUGAGGAGAGAGGAAGCAAGAGAAGAUGUGCAGUAUCUCCUUCGGAGGAGACCAAGUCGCACCUUCUUGAUGUCAGGAUGUCCUGGCUGUAGAUGUUUAUAGGGAGCCUGAGCAUGCACAACCCUUUUUUUUUUUCAUUAUAUGACUACAUAUUUAACCUUCUUUUCCCUAAUUCUGUCCACUUAACCUUUCGUUGUUCAUUCCUGACCUGCCUCGUAGAGUCCGGGCCUAGUUAGGCUACAUACAUGAAUACAUACUUGACGAACCGAAAUUUCCUUGAAUUGCCGCCGGGUAUAUAGAAUUCAACCUCAUUUCGCUAAAUAUUAUUUUUAUUAGCGCAUGCCUAGAAUUUCCCCCGGGUCAAACUUGUCACGUCACGAGCGACACUUCACCUGUGAUCAUUUUCAAAAUGGAGGAGGCUGAUUUCAAACAUUUGAAAUAGAAUAAGGGAAUAAUAUUAAGAGCUAUUCAGUAGGAUUUAAGGUCCAAGCUAUUGAAUAUACUAAAAAAGAGAUUAAGCAGCUAUGUUUUAUUAAUAUACCGUAGCUGCGUGUGUCAAAUCCGUUAGUCCACCCCAGGGCAGCUGUGGCUACAGAUGUAACUUACCACCACCUGGUGUGAAUGAAUGAUGGGUUCCCACUUCUCUGUGAGCGCUUUGAGUAUCUAACAAUAGAAAAGCGCGAUAUAAAUCUAAUCCAUUAUCAUUAUUAUUAUUAUAAAUACAAGUCAUUAAAGGACUUGUUGAGAUCCGCUUUUCGGAUCUCCACAUAUUAUUGUUUAUUGUUCCAUUUUUGUAUCUCUCCGUCAUUUGACUGUCUAUUUCCUGUUUAGUUUGUCACCAUGGUUUUUCAUUAGAUCCACCUGCUAAUCACGGUCCCUGCACACCUGUUUCAUGUAAUCACCUCCCUUAUUUAAGCUCGCCCUCUUUUGUUGCUCAGUCUGGGUUCCUAAUUAUCCGACGUGCAACAGUGACGACUAUCUUCUAUGUACGUAUAUUCUCACGGGCUUCCACGCUACGUCGUUGUUGUUUUUAUUCUAGCUCUCAUGCUAAUGAAUUGUUUUCUCUUUUAUGUGCCUUCGUGCCAAGUCCAGUUUUUCUGUUUGCUAUUCAUAGCUUUUAUGCUAGCGUCCUUUGUUUGCUUUUCUAUUAGCUCCAGUAUUUCUGUAAAUUAUCACAUCUUACCUCUUGCUGUGUUCGUGCCGAUGCAUUCCUGGACGGACAAACAUCCCGACUAGUCGAUACAGGACUCCCGCCUUCUGGUGGUAGGGGGCGCCAGUGAUCCUUCUUGCGACUACUCCGCUGCAGAAGAAGUGACAACAAGCAGCAAGAGUGAGCAGCGAUCGUUUAUUUUUUCCUCUCGCUCCCACUUUUUACAUGGGGGAUUACAUAUCUAAAAUAAAACACUUUUCUAAACUGGACUUUCAAUCGAAGCAGGAGGUAAUAAAGGAAGAUCGCCAUCGAGACAGAGACUUUUAAAACUGAAGAAAGAUAAGGAAGACUUGUAUAAACAAGUUAUCGAUGCUUUUGAUCAGAAGGAGCUGCGCACGGACUUCAUUUAUAAGUAAAAGUAAGACCAUAAUAACGUUUUUUUUUAUUAAAUGUGCUUUUCACGAUGGUAUCCUUACAUCACACUCAAAUUUAUAAGCGCAGGCCUUAAUUUACCGCAUGCCUUUGGGUUUUAAAUUAAUUAGCGCCCCGGCGGCAAUUCAAGGAAAUACGGCAAGGUCUAGAAACUUCUCUGUUAUUGUUUUUUCUCCUGUAAGUACUGUAGGCUUCCACUUAUUUCUUACAUCGAGAAGCACUAUUAAUAGCACUAAAAUUGAAGCUAUAAUUAAUGACAAUGAAAGCAUGUGUGUGUAUAUGAUCUCUGCAUAUUUGAAGUGCUUUUACUUUGAAGGAUUUCUGUUCGAGCUACAUAUUUCCCUCUUCUGAACUACCAAAAUGCAUGUUUUUGAUUUUAUUUUUGUUUGUUUUUUUGUGUUUUCCCCUGAUGUAACACAACUUUUUCCAGCAUUUAUUUUGCCGUGUGACAAAAUCUGCAGACUAAUGUUUUGGGGCCGCCCUCCGUCUUCCUCUCUCCCGCCACAGUCUUUCUCCUUUCCAGUCUCACAAACGGGUUGCAUCAAAAGGCCAGGUUUUUCAGGCAACCGGCACUCGAUCCUUGGGGAAAAACCUCCCCGGAGCUUUUUCACCGAGGAGCCCGACGAGAUUGAAAGCAUGGCUAAGCUUGCGAGCUUUGGUUGCUUGCAGAAACAGGCCUUUUCCCAGUUUCUGGGGGGGAGAAACCACUGCUGCUAAAGACUAUCCCCGUCCUUCCUGGUGUCCAGCACCACACUGCACUUUACGCUGAGAGGGGGCUCCCAAAUGUGUAAUAAUACAAAAAAAAAAAUUAUAAUAAUUGUUUGCAUUGUUAGCUCUGCAGAGUCAUUUUAAUGACUUUUUGCACAGUCAAAACAUUAUUUCCCCAAUUGGCUCGUUCUUUGUUUUCCUUGCAUGCUGACAUUUUAUAACCACUGCUUUUUGCUUUUUCUCCAUGGAUGUGUGUCGUCACGGUGGAUUAGAUUUUUUAUUUUUUUUUGCACUUCAACUGAAUAACAUGUAAGGUCAAGGAUGAGGAGAUUGUAUAGUGCGCACGUAUAAUGACUGCUGAUGAGAAUGUAUUUUACUACUUCUAAUUAUUUAAUCAAAUGCACACACACACACACACACGUUAUGUUCCGCAGUCAUGCACGCACACAAACCCUCUUAAUAAACACAAAAAACAAAACAAAAAAAAAACACUUGUAUUUCUUAUCUUGAUACACUGAACCAUUCUGUUCAUAGAACUGUAAAUAAAAUAUACUUAAAAACUCAC